AUGAGGAAUCCACUGUGGAGGAUACUCGUGCUGGCCACGUGUCUCUUCUUGGUGUCAGCCUUCGAUGACGAUGAAUUGGCUAUCGAAGUGGACGAAGGAAUGGAUGAGGAAGAGACGAUUUCGGGAUUAGCGAAAGCUGGCGUAUCUAUCGAUGAAUUGAGCAAAAUCCGGACUACAUCCAGUUCGGCCGUCCGAGAAAUCCGACAUCACCCGGGAGAGGAAUUCACUGAUGAAGUGAAGAAACCGAUUGUAACUCCCAAUGACGUCCAAGCCGAGGAAUGGUACCAACAAGCUUUGCGAUUUCUGGAGAAAGGACGCCCACAGGGAAUUGAGGCGAGAAAGGCGGCAUAUCGAUUACUUGAAGAAGCCAAAGAAUAUGGACAUCGAGACAGCAUGAAAUUAAUGGCAUUUGCUCAUCUAUUCGGGGAUCGGGUACGUUGGUCAAUUGAUGAAUCAAAACGUUUAUUCGAGGAAUUAGCACAAACUGGCUCUCCCGAUGCCCAACUUGGACUCGGCUUCAUGCAUGCUACGGCGGUUGGGAUGACAAAGAGUGAUCAAGCAAAAGCCCUCAUCUACUACACGUUUGCGGCUCUUGGUGGACAGCCUCUCGCACAGAUGGCCGUCGGAUAUCGCUAUUUGUAUGGAAUCGGUGUUCCACAAAACUGCGAACAAGCGUUGACAUAUUAUCAGAAGGUGGCAAAGAAGGUGGCGGAUGCAGUGAAGUUCUCGACAAGUCCAUCCAUUCAACGAUUACGUCUUACUGAUGAAUUGGAAGGAUCGGUGAGUGCCUCCGGAGGCCCGAUGGACCAAAACCUCAUCGAGUAUUACAAAUUUUUGGCGGACAAAGGUGAUGUCGCUGCUCAGGUUGGACUCGGACAACUAUUUCUCACUGGUAGUAAAGGCGUUGAACAAGAUUUUGAUGAAGCUCACAAGUAUCGUUUGGCUUUAAUUAGUUCAUACAUUUUUUUUCCGGUUUUUCACAAUUGCCGC